AUGGCUAUGACUGAUAUCCUUUCUGCUAAAGAUAUUGAAGCUGCUCUUACCAGCUGCCAGGCUGCUGACUCUUUCAACUACAAGUCUUUCUUCUCCAAGGUCGGUCUAAAAGGCAAGUCUACUGACCAGGUAAAGAAAAUUUUUGGAAUCCUUGACCAGGACAAGAGCGGCUUCAUUGAGGAAGAUGAGCUUCAGCUGUUCCUGCAGAAUUUCUCCUCAACUGCCAGAGCUCUAACUGCUGCUGAGACCAAGGCUUUCAUGGCUGCAGGUGACACUGACGGUGAUGGCAAAAUCGGAGUGGAUGAAUUCCAGGCUCUGGUGAAGGCAUAA